AUGGAAUAUACCGGCACUAAACCCCCUUCAAACAUAUCCGAGUUAGUAUCCAAAUUUGUCAAACUCUACAAGCUGAGAUCCAUUGGUGUUUUUUCUGCUGAAAAUCCUUUAACCUCAAGCAAGAAUAGUGCCUCGUUUGCCGAGGAUAGCAGUGAUAAUACUGAAGAAACUGAAUGCGAUGGCGAGAAAAUACAUCCCCAGCCAGCUGCUGUUUCCUUCCAAAGGAAUAUAUUUGGUGAGGCAGAGAUCUUGAAGUUAUUUGACACUGUUUCUGCACUAAAAUCAGCUUAUGUUCAGCUUCAGGAAGCUCAUAUUCCCUAUGACCCGGCCAAGAUUAUAGCUACUGAUGAACUUGUCGUAUCUAAUCUUGAAACACUUUGCAAGAUUAAGCAUGCAUACAAAGAGAAGCAAUUAAAAAAAUCAAAGCUUGAUUCGUCUUCCUUGGAAUUUCUGCGAUCAGAAGUUGAAGUUAACGAGAGGCUGUUAGAGAACUUAAAGUCUGAAAAUAAAACCAAGGACUUGGAGAUUGUCCGCUUGAAACAAGAACUCCAGGAUUUGGCCUUCAGAAAUUCAAAGCUGGAGGAGAUAAUAAGAAGGGGAAGAGUGGAGAGAAAAAAUGCUAGGGUUCUGGACGUUACCAUGUUUCAGAACAGCUUUGAAGCAGCAGCAAAGUCCAUUCAUGAUUUUGCAAAGCCAUUGAUUAGCUUGAUGAUGGCUUCAGGGUGGGAUUUAGACCUCGCAGCAAAGUCAAUUGAUGAUGGAGUUGCAUAUGCCAGGAGAUCCCACAAGAAGUAUGCAUUUGAAGCUUACAUUGCGUGGAGAAUGUUUCAUGGAAUGUUGCUUGAUUCCAAUAAUAUCAAUGAUAUAAUGAAGUUCGAUGAUCCAAUUGAUGCUCUUAUAGACAAUCCAAAUUCAGGAUUUGCAAAAUUUUGUAGAAAAAAGUAUCUUUUAGUUGUUCAUCCUAUGAUGGAAAUGUCGUUCUUUGGGAAUAUGGAUCAGAGGAACUUUAUAUUGAGUGGAAAGCAUCCACGGACACCAUUCUACGAGAUCUUUGUGAAAAUGGCGAAGUGGGUAUGGGUUCUACGUGGGAUUGCUUGCUCACUCGAUCCUGAAGCAAAAAUAUUUGUUGUCAAAGGGGGAAGCAAAUUCUCGGACGUUUACAUGUACUCUAUUGUGCAAGACAGAGGAGGCCCGGUGGAUUCUGAUGAGGGACAGACUACUCAAAGGGUUCAGUUAACAGUCAUGCCUGGAUUUAGAAUUGGAGAGAAAGUGGUGAGAUCUCGGGUUUAUCUUUCGUAG